GAGAUGCGCAGCGGCCGCGCUCAGCUGUCCGAGGAGCUGCCCCGCUGGACGCAGGGCCCCGAGGCAGAAGCCUACUCUUCUUGAUCCACAAUGGAACCUGUGGGCCAGCCCCUGCUGCUUGGUGUUAGCUUAGCCCUCACCGCCAUUGCCACCAAGGCUUCCAUAGGCAACGAUACCACACCCUCGUAUAAUGAGACUACUACAAACCCAACAGAUAGCAGCCACACGAAGUCCCUGCUCAUCGGCAUCCUGGUCCUGGUCUUCCUGUUCAUCCUCUCGGUCCUCCUGGCCAGCUACUACUUCAGGUUCAGAAGGCAAAGGAAGGCGGUGGUCAGCUCCAGUGACAAGAAGAUCCCCAAUGGAAUCUUGGAAGAGCAAGAGCAGCAGAGAGUCAUGCUCCUGAGUCGCUCUCCGUCGGGCCCCAAGAAGUAUUUCCCUAUCCCUGUGGAGCACCUGGAGGAUGAGAUCCGCAUCCGGUCAGCCGACGACUGUAAAAGGUUUCGAGAAGAGUUCAAUUCUUUACCUUCGGGACAUAUCCAAGGAACAUUCGAAAUGGCCAAUAAAGAGGAAAACAGAGAAAAGAACAGAUACCCUAACAUCCUCCCCAAUGACCACUCCAGGGUGAUUCUCAGCCAAGCGGAUGGCAUUCCAUGCUCAGAUUACAUCAAUGCUUCGUAUAUAGAUGGUUACAAAGAGAAGAAUAAAUUCAUCGCGGCUCAAGGCCCCAAACAGGAAACCGUCAAUGACUUCUGGAGGAUGAUCUGGGAGCAGAAGUCGGCGACCAUCGUCAUGCUGACCAACUUGAAAGAAAGAAAAGAGGAGAAAUGCCAUCAGUACUGGCCAGACCAGGGAUGCUGGAUGUAUGGAAAUAUCCGAGUCUCCGUGGAAGACUGCAUCGUCCUGGUGGACUAUACCAUCCGGAAGUUUUGCAUACAGUCACAGCUCCACGAUGGCUGCAAAGCCCCACGGCUGGUGACCCAGCUCCACUUCACCAGCUGGCCCGACUUCGGGGUACCUUUCACCCCCAUUGGGAUGCUGAAGUUUCUGAAAAAAGUGAAGACCCUGAAUCCUUCUCAUGCAGGGCCAAUCACUGUUCACUGCAGCGCUGGUGUGGGCCGGACUGGCACCUUCAUCGUCAUCGAUGCCAUCAUAGAUAUGAUGCACGCUGAGCAGAAGGUUGACGUCUUUGAGUUUGUUUCCAGGAUCCGUAACCAGCGGCCUCAAAUGGUUCAAACUGAUAUGCAGUAUACGUUCAUCUACCAAGCCUUAUUAGAAUACUACCUCUACGGAGACACAGAGCUGGACGUGGCCUCCUUGGAGAAGCAUCUCCAAUCUCUUCACAGCCCAACAGCACCCUUGGACAAAAUAGGCCUCGAAGAAGAGUUCAGAAAAUUGACAAACGUUCGAAUAAUGAAAGAAAACAUGAGAACGGGCAACUUACCAGCAAACAUGAAGAAAGCGCGCGUCAUCCAGAUUAUCCCAUAUGACUUCAACAGAGUGAUUCUGUCCAUGAAAAGAGGCCAAGAAUACACUGACUACAUCAACGCCUCCUUCAUAGAUGGAUAUCGGCAGAAGGACUAUUUCAUCGCAACCCAAGGACCGCUUCCGCACACAGUGGAAGACUUCUGGAGGAUGGUCUGGGAGUGGAAAUGUCACACAAUUGUGAUGCUGACCGAGGUCCAAGAGAGGGAGCAGGAAAAAUGCUUUCAGUAUUGGCCAGCAGAUGGCUCCGUGACUCACGGAGAGAUCAAUAUUGAAAUAAAAAGUGACACCAUUUCUGAGGCCAUCAGUGUACGAGAUUUCUUGGUUACUUUUAAUCAGGAGAAGAAGAGCAGGCUGGUCAGACAGUUUCACUUUCAUGGCUGGCCUGAGAUUGGGAUCCCAGCCGAAGGGAAAGGCAUGAUUGACCUCAUCGCUGCUGUCCAGAAGCAGCAGCAGCAGACAGGCAACCACCCCAUCACGGUGCACUGCAGCGCCGGAGCGGGGCGGACAGGUACGUUCAUAGCACUCAGCAACAUUCUGGAACGAGUCAAAGCCGAGGGCCUCCUGGAUGUCUUUCAGGCCGUGAAGAGCCUGCGACUGCAGCGGCCACAUAUGGUGCAAACCUUGGAACAGUAUGAAUUCUGCUAUAAAGUGGUACAAGAUUUCAUCGAUAUAUUUUCUGAUUAUGCUAACUUCAAAUGAAGAUUCCUGCCUUAAAAUGUUUUUUUUAAUUUAAUGGUCAGUACAAAUGUUUGUAAAUCUUGUUAAUUUAUUUCAUAGUUGACAUUAAUAUUGUUUCUAAUUCCUGUGUAUAUAUUUUGUUACACUUUAAAUAUCACCUGCUCUAAAAGAUAGACAUUAAACCUAAUAUCAUUAUCUUUUUUUAAAUUGGCAUAACAUAUUAAGUAAAAUCAUGUUCUACCACACGUGUAUAUAUUGCACUGCCAAUGGUAGUAGUAUUUUCCCUUGUCAAUAGCUUAAUAAUGCAUUUCAUUUCAAAGGCUGAGCAUCUCAGAAUUUUGUACGGCCACCAUUGGAGCUUAAAAGAUGAAUAAUGCAUCACAUGAUUAUUUCUGAUGCUGAAACAGCCAUUCCAUUGUUGGUCAAACAGUUCAGGGUUCUCCAAGCACCACCAAACAUGGUUGGCUACCUUUGCUUUUGAAAAUCCUAGGCAUCCCCAUUCCAGGGUACCUCCUCCCAAGUUUGGUUCAUUCAGAGUCUCAAUAGAAGGUUUUUAAAUCUUCUAUUUUAAUCUACAUAUUUCAUUUUCAUUUUUAAAAAUUAUAUACCCUUUUAAAGUCUGGAUGCAGGUCUAAAACAUAGGAUAAUAAUUUUAUAUACAUAUAUACACAUACAUAUAAGUAUGUAUAUAUGUGUGCGUGUAUGUUUUGGCCAGGGCUGUCUACCGAGGGCCCCCAGCUCCAUACCUACUGGAUGGACCCCACGAGAACCCACUUUGCCUCUUAAGAGGCAUGUAGAAAACUCUUCUAGGCAGAUCACCUGGAUUGUUCAGGCCUGCCUCCAAUUCAGUGACACCAGAGGUUACUCAAGUUUGACUUGGUUCAAGCUCUGCCGAAGACUUGUUCGCUGUCCCUGAAUGAUGCCCCACCCUCACCCAGAAGAACGUCCCAUGAGGCCCCCAAGCAUCAUUCCAGAUUUUCCCAUAGAGCCAGAAAGUCUUCAAGGCAGAGUACUUAAGUAGAGGCAUCCAGAGACAUAGAAGUAACUCGCCUUUAGAAUCUCUGGAAAACGCUUUAGCAUGAAAACUUGUCCUGUUUUAGGAAAGAACUGUAAUUUUUUUUAUUUUCAAACACUUUUAAAGUCGAUCUAGAUUUGUAUGAUCUUUUUAAAAGUAUCUCUUAAGGUUAAAAAGAGAUGAGGAAAUCCUCCAGCAAAAGUAGUUUGUUUGGGGAUUGUAAUACCACUGAAACCUUAUAUACAGGAGAGAGACUGAUCCCACCACAGACAGGACUGAUAGAGGGGUAAAGAAAGGUAUAAAAGGGAGAAGGGAAGAUGUCUGAUAUAAUUCAAGGAUCUUUAGACAGAGAUAUAUGAGCACAAAAAAAAUAUCUUAACCCCAUUUGAUUUAAUUUGCUGCAACCCCUGGAUCUAGUCGAUGAAUUUUUUGUCUUUAUUUACAAAUAGAAAAGUCUCCUUGAGAAGUCAGGUGAUCGUAGCUACCAGGCACUGUUCUGGUGCGACAGGACUAUCCCUGCCUGUGCAGGAUGAGUCUGGGGACUUGAAAUUGCUCGGGUCCGUCCUAGAGGGCACAAGCACACUUUUCACCUCGCCUUGAGGCUGUGGUGGUGUUUGGGAGGAGAUGGGGUCCCCAGGUGGAGGGAUCCAACGCACACUGUCUGUGACCCUGCCUCAUCGUGCCCACGGGAUGGAUAGCACAGGGCUCCCCAUCACUAUUUAUCAUAUCCACAUGCACUGAAUGUUUCUGAUGCCAGGAGAAGACAUGUCCCAAGGGACAGCAGGGAUGUAAGAAUCUAUCAGUUGUUCAAAUGCCAACUGCCAGAGGUCUUUGUUUGACUAAAGAAGAAGAAUGCAAAAGGCUAAAAAUCUUCUGCAGUGAUGCAGGUGUGGUGGGAGCAUGAGAUUCUAAAGCCAGAAACCCUAGGGAUCCUCUCUUCCAGCCCGGUCACUUUUUUUUUUAGAGGAGGAGACUGAAGGUCUGAGAAGUUAGGAAUUGUCCGAGGUCACGAAGAUAAUAAGUAGCAGAGUCUGGAUUCGAAUCCAUGUCCUCUACCAGGACAGUAUUUGUGGUUCAGUCUAACAACAUUAAUGUGUUUGAGUAUCUUCGAGGCAGAGUCACGUGCCACGUUUUGGGUUUUGGGUUUUGGCUGUUUUUUUCAUCUUAAGCUGAUCCUGGUCACUUGCCGGGAUCCUGGAUGCUUGAGCAGCCAUCACCUGAUCAGAGCUGACAUCUCUCUUCAGGAAACAUUGUAACGGCAGGAAUUAGGAUCCUUGAUGGAGAGCUUGGAGGGGUCUUCAGAGGCAUGUAGGACUGCCCUCUCCUUUCACAAAUGAGGAAACUGAGGCUUGGCCAAGGUGGUGCAGGAAAUUGAACUCAGGUCCUCUGGCUCCAAGUUUAGUCCUUCUCAAGGGCAGUUCUAAAGAAAAUAGCCCCAGCACUCCCCCCUUACAUCACUUCUAGGCGCUGGUCCCAGUCCAACAUCGUGGGAUCUCCAAGGUCUCUUGCUUGUGUCUAGCUCUGGGGUCUAUGUUGGGAUGGGCAGUUGAUCUUCCCACUAAUUUCUUUCUCCGCAUCAACCUAAUGAAUAAAUUAAUUAAGCUUUCCAUAGCAGAAACAGUUCAGAACUCUCUGCCCCCUUUUAGAAGUAGAACUUGACAGACCCAGAGCUCUGGCUUUGCCUUCCCCGGGGGUACCCCGAACAUUGAUGGCGGCCAUGCCUCCUCUCCUUUGCCCCGGCCGGUCUUGGACUGUGGCCCAGCAGAAGACCCUUGUUCGUCAUUUCUCCAUCAGCAUUUAUCACUGCUACGUUUGAUGGCCCUAAAAUAGCCCAGAAGAGAAUGAUCUGGCGAAACAUUUUCUCCAUGUGACACUUAGACUUUAGUCAAAUAAAGCUGGCCCACUUCUCCAACCAGCCUCCUGCAGAACCAGUGGCUCUUCUUUUCAAGUUUCCUCUCUUGCAUGUAACUGUUUUAAAAUGCCAAAUAAUGAUGAGAAGGUCCCUUCUGAUCUGUACGCUUGAUUGGUCACUGUGUGACCGCCUGAACUAUUUCUUCUCCUGUGUUACAUUAAUGAAGAAUGCAGACUGUGCUUUCAAAUGGUAUUUUUAUGUGUUUUUAAGAACUUUUCAAAAUGAGCCUGACACUUGUGUUUCAGCAUUUUGAAACAUUUCCACGUUACCUUUUUUUAAAAAUGUAAGAUUAUGGAUACUUUUUUUUUUGUUUAACUAAAUUGUAUUUAAUUUAUGCACAAUCUUUAUAAUAUAUGUAUGUAUGAUAAAGUCUCAGUGAUCAUGCCUUCUUUUAUUCCACUUAUAAUUUGAUCUGGCUCU